UUAGAAAGUGAUAUAAAUUUGUUGUUUCAGCGUCCAAAUGAGCCGCUGUUCACUGCAAAGGAUGAUGGCAAGACGGCAUUUAAUAUGCCACUGGAUUUCUACACAGAUCGUUAUAAGACAAUUGGAGUCAAUGUGCGUACCCGUUUUGAUGACAAUGUUGAGCGAUACGUCAAUUUACGAUCAGUUCAACAUCCUAAUCUUGAUUUCACCAAACCGGUGAAACGUCGCGGACCAUUUUCACUAUUCAAUCAAAAUCAUCAAAAAAUUGCCGGACAAUUGAUACAAAUUCUAAUGGAUGCAAGCGAACGUGAUUUUGUUUCACUAUCAGCCUACAUAAAGGAUCGCGUUAAUCCGUACUUAUUUUUGUAUGCGUUGGCAAUUGCGGUGCAACAUCGACGAGAAACGCAACAUAUUGCAUUGCCAUCAAUUGUUCAACAAUUUCCCGAUCAAUUUGUCGAUUCGUCGGUUUUUCCAGAAGCUCGUGAGGAAGGCACUAUUGUCCCGUCUGCGAGCCGUAUACCAAUUCAAAUUGAAUUGAAUUUUACGGGAUCGGAACGAGAUCAAGAACAGCGGCUCGCUUACUUUCGCGAGGAUAUCGGAGUUAAUAUGCACCAUUGGCAUUGGCAUCUUAUUUAUCCUGCUGAAGGUCCAAUGAACAUUGUAGCAAAGGAUCGUCGUGGCGAACUAUUUUAUCAUAUGCAUAAUCAACUAUUGGCCCGUUAUAACACUGAACGCUCUUGCAACAAUUUGGAACAUGUCAAAUCGUUGGGUAAUUUACGUGAACGCGUUCUUGAAGGAUAUUUUUCGAAAAUUGUUCGAAGUUUAAGUAAUCGUGCAUACCCAGCUCGGCCUGACGGUGCCAUUUUGAAGGAUAUCAAUCGUGAUGAUCAAAUCGUUGAAAUUGUUCAAUUGGAACAAUUACGUGAUCGCAUUUAUCAAGCAAUUGAUCAAGGAUAUGUCAUUGAAUACGGUACAAAUCGUCAUAUUCCAUUGAAUGACGAAAAGGGAAUCGAUGUGUUGGGCAACAUUUUGGAAUCAAGUGCCAUUUCCCCAAAUCGACAACUCUAUGGUAGCCUACACAACAGUGGUCAUGUUGUAAUCGCAUUUGUUCAUGAUCCUGAAAAUAAGCAUCUCGAAGACUAUGGAGUGAUGGGAGACGUAACGACCGCAAUGCGUGAUCCCGUUUUCUAUCGAUGGCAUGCCUUCAUAAAUUCAAUGUGCAUCAAACUGAAGAAUACACUUCAACCAUAUUUCUACAAUGAUUUAAUGUACCAAGAUAUUCACGUAAUUUCGAUCGGUGUACAAAUUACAACAAACGUACCAAAUGCAAGGCCCAAUGUUUUAUUGACUUAUUGGCAGAAGUCUGACGUUGAUCUUGGAGCCGGACUCGAUUUUGGACCCGGCAACGUUUAUGCGCAAUUCACCCAUCUGCAACAUGCACCAUUUGAGUAUCGAAUAAAUGUGAUCAACGAAGCACAUACCAUAAAAUAUGGAACGUGUCGUAUAUUUCUGAUUCCAAAGUUUAAUGAGCGCGACCAGCCUCUUACCUAUCAAGAACAACGUCUUUCCGCAAUUGAAAUGGACAAAUUUGUUGUUGCUUGUAUGUACAAAUGAUUUUCUACACUCGUUUAGUUGAGCUACCUAAUUUUUUGAUGUUUUUGUUCAGUAAACCCGGGCCAGAAUGAUAUUCGUCGACGUAGCGACAAGUCAAGUGUCACCAUUCCAUAUGAUAGAUCAUUUCGACGUAUUGGAAG